AUGCAGGCCUGCGGGCAGCCUGGUGCGGGCAGCGGCGCGGGCCCCAAGGUCAGCCCAGCAGGCCUGGUGCAGGCAGGCGGGCGGGGCCACAAGGUCGCCCCAGCAGGCCUGGUGGCAGGCAGGCGGGCGGGCCACAAGGUUCAGCGUAACAGGGCCUGGUGCAGGCAGGCGGGGGCGGGCCACAAGGUCUGCCCAGCAGGCCUGGUGCAGGCAGGCGGGCAGGCCACAAGUCUGCCCAGCAGGCCGCCUGCUGCGGCAGGCCUGGUGCGGGCAGGCGGGGCGGGCCACAAGGGUCAGCCCCAGCAGGCCUGUUGCAGGCAGGCGGGCGGGCCCACAAGGCAGUCAGCCCGCAGGGCCUGGUGCAGGCAGGCGGCGGGCCACAAGGUCAGCGUAGCAGGCCUGGUGCAGGCAGGGUGGCAGGCCACAAGGUCUGCCCAGAAGGCCUGGUGCAGGCAGGGUGGCAGUCCACAAGGUCUGCCCAGAAGGCCUGGUGCAGGCAGGCGGGCAGGCCACAAGGUCUGGCCCAGCAGGCCUGGUGCAGGCAAGGCUGGGCGGGCCACAAAGUCAGCCCAGCAGGCCUGGUGUAGGCAGGCGGGCGUGCCACAAGGUCUGCCACCAGGCCCUGGUGCAGGCAGGCGGGCGGGCCACAAGGCGGGCGGGCCACAAGGUCUGCCCAGCAGGCCUGGUGCGGCAGGCCUGGUGCGGCCAGGCCCUGUGCGGGCAGGCGGGCAGGCCACAAGGUCCUGCCCCAGCAGGCCUGGUGCAGCAGGCCUGGUGCAGGCAGGUCGCGGGCCGGGCCACAAGGUCCUGCCCAGAAGGCCUGGUGCAGCAGGCCUGGGUGCAGGCAGGCGGGCGGGACACAAGGUCUGCCCAGCAGCCUGGUGCAGGCAGGCGGGCGGGCCACAAGGUCUGCCAGCAGGCCUGGUGCAGGCAGGGCGCGGGGCCACAAGGUCUGCCCAGCAGGCCUGGUGCGGCAGGCCUGGUGUGGGCAGGCGGGGGGCAACCAAGGUUCUGCCAAGCAGGCCCGUGCAGGCAGGCGGGCGGGCACAAGGUCAAUGCCAGGUAGGCCUGGUGGGGCGGCAGGAGGGCGGGCCCCACAAGGUCCGCCAAGCAGGCCCGGUCGCAGUCGUCGUGCGGGCCACAAGGUCUGCCCACAGGCCUGGUGCCCAAGGUAGGUCUGCAGGCAAAAGGGCCUGGUGGCAAGGUAGGCCGGGGCAAGCCCACCAAGUCUGGCCCUCAGGGCCUGGUGCAGGGCAGGGCGGGGCGGGCCACAAGGUCUGCCCAGCAGGCCUGGUCUGGCAGGCGGGCCGGGCAAGGUCGCCCAAGGCAGGCUGGCCUGCAGGCAGGCGGGCGGGCCACAAGGUCUGCCCAGCAGGGCCUGUGCAGGCAGGCGGCGGGCGGGGCUCCCACAGGUCUGCCCAAGCAGGCCUGGUGCGCAGGCCUGGUGCGGCAGCUUGGUGUGGGCAGGCGGGCGGGCCACAAGGUCUGCCAAGCAGGCCCGGUGCAGGCAGGCGGGCGGGCCACAAGGCGGGCAGGCCACAAGGUCCUGGCCCAUCAGGCCUGGUGCAGGCAGGCGGCGGGCGGGCCACAAGGUCUGCCCAGCAGGCCUGGUGCUGGCAGGCAGGGCGGGCCAACAAGGUCUGCCCAGCAGGCCUGGUGCAGGGCAGGCGGGGGGCGGGCCACAAGGUCUGCCAGCAGGCCUGGUGCAGGCAGGCAGGCGGGCCACAAGGUGCCCAGCCCAGGAGGCCUGGUGCAGGCAGGCGGGCGGGCCACAAGGUCUGCCCAGCAGGCCUGGUGCAGGGCAGGCAGGCGGCCAGAAGGUCUGCCAAGCAGGCCUUGUGCGGGCAUGGCGGGCGGGCCUCAAGGUCUGCCCAAGCAGGCGUGGCUCGGGCAGGCGGGCUAGGCCACAUGGUUGCUAACCAGGCACGCACCAGAAGUUCUGCCAAGCAGGCCCGGUGCGGGGCAGGCAGGGCGGGCCAGAAGGUCUGCCAAGCAGGCCUUGUGCGGGCAGGCGGGGCGGGCCUCAAGGUCUCGCCAAGCAUGGUGUGGCUCGGGCAGGCGGGGGCAGGCCACAUGGUCUGCUAA